AUGAGCACAUUACAACUUCUUGGUUGUGCACGACGUAUUACAUCUAUUUUGCCUGUUCAACGGUCUGCUAUUCGAUUAGCUACUCGUCCCAGUGGCCCAACACAAGGAGGAGGCCAGAAGGUCAAUGAUGAUAAACGAAAUCCGGUAGAUCAACCAUGGAAUAAAUCAGCAAAAAAAGUUGGAUCUGAACCUGAUUCCUCUACACCAAGUCCCCAAGAUUCUAAACAACAAGGUGAAACAUAUAAUAAAACGCAAAAAAAUUAUGAACGUAAUCAAAAUUCUGACCAACGAUCGAAAUUUGUACAAGCGGAUAAAGCACGAGAGAGUUUAGAACAACAAACAUCAAAUAAACACCAAGAAUAUGGUACACGCCUUUCUCAUCCUGGAAAUAUAUCAGAUACACCAUCGUCAUCAAACUCAAGUACGCCACCGACUAGUAGUACUUCACAGAAGCAAUCAUCGAAUAGACAGUCCGCUCCCGAAAAGAGAGCGGAAGGUGAUAGUUUGUCACGUGGUUCAAAGAACACGAUGGGUGGAAAGAAAGAUGGUACUGAAAGCGGAGAUAAAUAUACUUACAAGACACCAAAUAAAUCUGGAUCAAAAAGUGUUAAUAAAAGCAGUGGCGGUGACGGUAACAAAGAUUCAUCUCCGAAAUAA